CCCUGCGCAAAGUUUGCCUUAUAUGGAAAGGGGCUGCAGCUCGAUCGCAAAUAAAGUCUUGCGAGUUAUUGGCCUUCAUUGCAGUCGCGCUCAGACACUCGAGGAGUACACGCAUCGUUCAGGUUGCACUACGCUGAUAGCCCUCCUUCACAGAGAAAAUGGAAGAUGAAAUUGCAGCUCUCGUUGUUGACAACGGCUCUGGAAUGUGCAAAGCUGGCUUUGCAGGAGAUGAUGCCCCACGUGCUGUCUUCCCCUCCAUUGUUGGCCGCCCCAGGCAUCAGGGUGUGAUGGUUGGAAUGGGCCAGAAAGACAGCUACGUAGGUGAUGAGGCACAGAGCAAAAGGGGAAUUCUGACCCUCAAGUACCCCAUUGAGCAUGGUAUUGUGACCAACUGGGAUGACAUGGAGAAGAUCUGGCAUCACACCUUCUACAAUGAGCUGCGAGUGGCCCCUGAAGAGCACCCUGUCCUGCUCACAGAAGCCCCCCUGAACCCAAAAGCCAACAGGGAGAAGAUGACACAGAUCAUGUUUGAGACCUUCAACACACCUGCCAUGUACGUAGCCAUCCAGGCUGUGCUGUCUCUGUACGCCUCUGGCCGUACCACUGGUAUCGUCAUGGACUCUGGUGAUGGUGUGACCCACACAGUGCCCAUCUAUGAAGGAUAUGCUCUGCCUCAUGCCAUCCUGAGGUUGGACUUGGCUGGCAGGGACCUCACAGACUACCUCAUGAAAAUCCUGACUGAGAGGGGUUACAGUUUCACAACCACAGCUGAGCGUGAGAUUGUACGUGAUAUCAAGGAGAAGCUGUGCUAUGUUGCAUUGGAUUUUGAACAAGAAAUGGGAACGGCUGCCUCCUCCUCUUCAUUGGAGAAGAGCUAUGAGCUGCCUGAUGGCCAGGUCAUCACCAUUGGAAAUGAGAGGUUCCGUUGCCCAGAGGCCCUCUUCCAGCCUUCCUUCCUUGGUAUGGAGUCAUGCGGCAUUCAUGAGACUACUUUCAACAGCAUCAUGAAGUGUGACGUGGAUAUCCGUAAGGAUCUGUACGCAAACACUGUCCUGUCUGGCGGUACCACCAUGUACCCAGGGAUUGCUGACCGUAUGCAGAAGGAGAUCACUGCUCUGGCACCCACAACCAUGAAGAUCAAGAUCAUUGCUCCUCCAGAGAGGAAGUACUCUGUAUGGAUUGGAGGCUCCAUCCUAGCUUCCCUGUCUACUUUCCAGCAGAUGUGGAUCAGCAAGCAAGAGUAUGAUGAGUCUGGCCCAAGCAUUGUCCACAGGAAGUGCUUCUAAACAGACUUUGUUCCAAGCCCCUCUCCCCUUCCGAAAAAACACUGCUCCAGCCCAAACAGGCUCUGCAUACCUGCACCGACACACUGUGUGCUGAGCCGACACCUCUUCCCAUUCUGUCAUCACUCUGGCUAUGGCACUAUGGCCCCUACUGGGCUGAAACUCUAAAGGAAGUGAAUAGCAUCCCUGGCGGUGUGAAUGUGUGAAACAUGUCGGUUGUGUAGGUCAUUCCAGAUGUCUUUGUUCACCACCUUAUUUGCCUCUAUGAAGGUUUUUCUGUUGUGCUUAUUGCCCAACAGAUCUGUAGUAUUGCUUAAUUUGUAAUUUAUGUAAUCUGAACUUUUGUUUUGUACUCUAAGCCUUAAUAUUUGGUCUGGUUUGUCGUCAAGAAAACAAGACUUCUACCUUGUGUUGAGGUGUGUGACAAGGUUUGUGCAUGGGGUGUUAAACCUCCAGUGUAAACAACAGCCCAAUAAAGCACACAUGUCUGAGA